AUGCAGAUCAAGGACGGUGCUUUUUCGCUCGUUUCCGCGAUCGAUCCGCAUGAAUGGACAGUAUUCCAACGGUAUGCAAAGCGUAUCAAGGUACUAUUCUAUACACCAUCACGAAUCAUCCAUCCAUCAGUGUUCCUACACCUUCAUGAAUUGAGCCAAGGUGUACCCUUACUUCCCGCUUUGCGUCAUCUCACUUGGCAACGAGCAAGAAGUCCGGAUCCUGCGGCUACUCUCUUCAGUAGCCCAUCCCUUAGGGUGGUGGACAUUUCGUUGCACCAACCAGAUUGGGGACUCUUUGAAGAUGUUCAUAUCGGAGAAGACGGAGAAGUGCACGCUGUGCGUAUUCUUCUGCAUAACAUUGCUGCGGAGGCACCCUCCCUGGAGUCGCUGAAGUUCUCGGGUGUACUUCCAUCACAACUGGCGUCCUUCAUUAUCCAGUUCAGGCAUUUGCGCCACCUCGACUUUAGUAUGGCGGGCGCAGUAGAUGUCGAAACACUGCGAGCUCUGUCAGCAAUCGAUGCACUGGUCUACCUGAACAUUUACAUGGGUGGAGUGGCAGAGAACACCAUGCUUUCUGAGGCAGCCUUUCAAUCGCUGGAGUCACUGACUGUGUCGGGAUCAUUUGAUUCGAUCGGCUUCGUCCUUGGUUCCAUUCAGUCGACUGUUCUACAUGAUAUCUCUAUCGUCGCUAAUAUCCCCCACGCUCCGGAAGAAUCACUAUUUUACUCGGUAUUAUUGCAAAACAAGUUUUCUCGUUCCUUGCGGAGGUUACAUAUGCGACUGCCCGUAACCACAUGCAGAAAUGAAAGUGCGGAUGCGAUCACGAUAAUCAGCCCCCUCCUCCAUGUCAAGGGCAUGGAAAAUCUCCACCUGGAAUUUGACGGUCGCAUGCUUCUUCGUGAUAAAGACAUUGACUCCAUGGCAUCGUCGUGGCCGUAUCUGCAGCAUUUCUACCUCAUGCAUCGCAGUGUCGAUUGCGACCCGUCUCUGCGGUCCCUUGUCUCCUUUGCCACCCACUGCUUGAACCUCAAGGAGCUCGCUUUCGUUGUGGAUGCGCGUCCUCCAUUAUCUGCAACACCCACGCUUACAACCCCACAUCCUCUGCGUUCAUUACGUCUUCUCGGAAACGUCCGCCUCGACAAGGACUCUGCGUCCAUAGCACCAUUCAUCAGAUCGCUUUUCCCCAGCUUGCAGCACUUCGAGGCUUAUGCCUGGGAUCCGCAGGCCAAUGCCACGUGGGUGAACAUCCAGUAUGCGAUACCUUCUUUGAAGCGAAAGAAGACGGGACGGAAGACUAGGAAAUUAGUAGCUCUGCCGUAG